AUCAGCAAACUGAAAUUCCACUUCUUGAUCCACCUCCCAGCAUACAUUUGUCAGUUUGGACCCACGAUUAUAUUUUCAACCAAACACUAUGAAUCAUUCAAUCACAUUUUCCAUUUGACAUGUAUAUACAGCAACUGUCAAGCUCCAAGCCGUGACAGCUGCAGGAUAUUUGCUCAUCAAGAUAUUGUCAAACAUAUUGCUACAGGUGGAUUUUGGUAUGACUCCAAGACCUCAAAAUGGGUUUGA